AGUGACCAGGAUGGAUCAGGAAUAUCCAUUCCUGAAGAUCAGAUCCUGAUAGAUGUGGAGAUAGUAAAUGCACGUGGAGGAACUGUGAUGAUGAUAAAGAAUGAAAGCCUCGAGGAGACGAAACAUCUUUUCAAAGUCCUGAUCUUCACAGAUUAGGUAGAUGUUGUCCUGAAUGCCCAUGUUUGAGGACAGUUGGGAAGUCCGAGCUCUGAGCAGAACAGAGGAGCUUUUCUCCUCAUGGAUCCGAUGGGAGGAGCAGCAGCAGCAGCAGGAGGAGGAGGAGGAGGAGGAGGCUCAUCCCAGUUUCACUUUCUUCCACUCGGGUUGAUUGCUCUGUUUCUGCUCAAACUGCGUUUUUCCCGGCAUGUUUACCUCCCGUUAACGCUUCCCGGCGUGUUUCUACGGGACGGAACCCGAAGAAAGCCGAAGCUCGCUUCGUGUUUCCCCGCUGGAGUGACGGACACAUAGACUAAAAUAACGGACAGGACAGCGGCCCGUAAAUCCGGCGGACCAUGCUGUGGUUUCUUCUGCUGCUCUCCGCCGCCCCCGCCGAAGGCUCCGAUCCAGAGACCCAGAGAUAUGGAAAGAAAGGUGGAGAAGUGGAGCUCAAACCUGUGGGAGCUUCUCCCCCCAUAAAGACAAUCACCUGGAAGUUGGGGGCUGAUUUGGUCGUAGAGUGGGACGGAAAUAUGGUCGAUUACUUUAAAUUCAAAGAUCGUAGUCAGCUGGACACCACCACCGGAGUGUUGACGCUGAGGGAGCUGGACCACAAGGACAGCGGCACGUACACUCCAGUGAUCAACAACAAUGAUCUCCGUGUCGUCUCCCUGUCCGUCUCCCUGUCCGUCAUCUCUGCUGUCCCUGUUCCCUCCAUCAACACCUCCUGCAAUGAGGAGAGGACCGUCUGCCAGCUGACCUGUGAUGCAGACACGGCAGGAGCCGAGCCGGUCACUUUUGUGUGGAGGUCAGAUGGUCAGGAGAUCCAAGAGUCCAAGACUUUGCAGAUCCAGAAGAACAGUUCCUCUGUGAAGGACUUCAGCUGUGAGCUGAAGAACCCGGUCAGCCAGGAGAGCAGCUCACCCGUCAGCCCUUUCACCGUCCCCACGACCAAGACGCCAAGACCUCCAGAGGGCCCGAAGAUCUCCACCGGAGUCACAGUCUUCAUCGCUCUGCUGGUUCCGGUGCUGCUGCUGGGGAUCUUCCACAGAGUGAUAUCAGGAUCCUGGUUCUUCCAAAAAGACUCCAUGCCCUGGGAAAAAGAUUUCUGGAGAAGAAACGAGAGGCAGGAGAGAAGAAGAUUUGAGCCGGACGGGGAGGCCGUUCUGGAAAAGGGAGAAGAAUGACACCAGGAACCCGAAACACUCCUCGCCGUGAAAAGAAAAGCUGAAUGACUGGAAACGGAGCGUCAGAACCACAACAGAACCCCGUUCUUCCAGGGAGGGAAGAAUCUGGCAAACAAUUCCUGGAAGUUCAGGCGCUUCCUGACGGGGCACAUACCUGACGGGCUGGAUCUGGGGUUUGGAUCUGAAGCGGGUCACGAGGAGCUGCUGGACAAAAGAAGGUCAUUGUGUCGUCUGAACCGCCUGCAACAAUCGGAGCUUUGUGCAGCGGCGCAGUUUGACGGCAGAGAGCUGCAGGCGGUCAGGAGAACUUGUUUUAACAAAAACACCAAAAGGGAGAAUAUUUAUGUCAUGUUUUCACCUCAAACAAAUGCUUCCUCCAACCACCAGAGGGCAGCAAAUCAGCGUCGCUGGCUCUGGAAGAGUUCGUAGGUCAUGAGGAGUUUGGAAAUUGAAAAUGUCAUUUAUAGCUCCUUGAAAAGUUUGUGUAAACUUUUGUAAAAGUCAUGAAAUUUGAAUCCUUUUGAUAAAAGACGUUAAAAAAUAAAAUAGCUAACAUGAGAUUUGAAUUUAAACUGGGGCAGAAUUACAACCUCACACUAUCAGUGAUGGGAGUUUACGUCGCCAGUCACGUUUUCAGUAGUUCAGCUCAAGGUACUCUCAACUUUUUUUUUUUUCCACUUUCGACUUAUUGUCAGACAUGGAUCGUGAAAUGCUGCAAAAUCCCAGGGAAAUGUAGCUUAACAACAAGUGACUUUUCUAGGAGAAUUCUCAGCAGUGUCUCCUGAAAGAUCCAGAGCAGAAACGAGCAGAAUACAGACUUUACUGCAAGUCCUUCCACAUCAGCAUCACUGGAGGAGCUGGGCUGGUGAGCCUCACGAACGGAAACGGUGGAUGUUAUGUGGACCUUUUUUUUUCUUUCAGUUUUUCCUUCCAGCUCCAGGUUUUCCAGCCUGCUCCAGAACACCCUGAUGGAGGAGGAUUUAAAAGGCCCAUUUUGGCUCCUCCCUCGCUCUCUUCCCAUGACCAGCAGCCACACCACCAUGCCUGACUCAGCAGUUCUUUCCGCUCCCCAGUUUGUUAGUGGCUUAGUGGGAAUAAACUAGGUUUUCUAGUACCUUAAA